AUGGCUCCGGCGCUUGGGCUCCCGCGCGGCGUGGGCACGGAGCAGGCGGAGGGAAGGGCCGAGGUUACCCUCAACAACCAGCCGGGCUUUUUGCCCAGGAACGACGCCGAGGGCGCCCCCUGCCUCCGCCUGGGAAGGGCUUCGCAAGGCUUCGUGGAAAAGCAGCGUCCUCUCAAGAGCUUAAUUGUUUUGGCUUGGAGACGUUUCCUUACCCAAACUAGGCAUGAUAUGGGCAAUACACACUUACAUGUCCUGGGAGAUUUCCGGCUUUGUAAAGGCGCCCGCCGGGGGAAGAAACGGCUCUUAGAGGCGGCGGAGGAAGAAGGAGGAGGAGGAGAAGGAGACGGGGGUCGUGAAAGGGCGCGCGGGAAAGAAAGUGUCAGGAGCGGGGCUAUACAGCGGCACUUCUUCGCGCCCCUGGUCGCCGCCACGCCCGCCCGGCCCCCGGUCACGAUGAGCCACCUGCGCGUGCCGAGUGUGCCCAAUGCCUGGGCCGGCAGCGGCAGGGAUUUGGGCCCGCCGCCGCCUCAGCAGCAGCUGGAAGGCCACCUCCUCUUGGGAGAAGAGGCGGCGGCGCCUGGGAGCGGCCCUUGCAAGGCGCCCUUGCCGCCCCCGCCGCGGCUCCGCUCGCCCUGCUCGGCCGUCGGAGGCGGCGCUCUUCUCCGCCCGGGCUCCCAGACCAACGGCGUGCAGCGGCAGAGGCGGCUGGCGGCCAACGCUCGCGAGCGGCGCCGGAUGCACGGGCUGAACCACGCUUUCGACCAGCUCCGGAACGUCAUCCCCUCCUUUAACAACGACAAGAAACUCUCCAAGUACGAGACGCUGCAGAUGGCGCAGAUCUACAUCAGCGCCUUAGCCGAGCUCCUGCACAGCCCGCUGCCGCCCGAGAGCGCCCCCUGCGGCAAGGGCCCGUCUCUUCCGCCCGCCGCCCAGACUUACGAGCGCUCCCCUUGUACCCCCCCAGGAGGGGGCGCCCUGCAGCCCCGGGCCCAGGUUGCGGGCCACGGCAGGACGCGUUUUUCCCUAGAAUCGCCUGCGGGGUCUGCGGGGACAGGAGGGGGCUACGCCUUGCAGCCAGACCCGCUGCAUUUCCCUUCCUUCACGGACGGCGCCCUCCUGGGGCAAAAGGCCCCCUCGCCGGGCCAGCUUCUCCAGCCGCCUGGCCAGCAGCCCCCAGAAAGAAGAAAAACCUCGCCACCAGCCCACCGCAGCGAUGGGGAGUUCUCGCCUCGAUCGCAUUACAGUGACUCGGAUGAGGCCAGCUAA